AUGGAUCAAAUGUUACCUAGUCCGUACAAUAUACCGGGUAUAGGUACGCCUUUGCAUCAGCCCGAAGAAGAUCAGCAAAUCCUUCCAAAUGCUAUGCAACAACAGCAGCAGCAUCAAAACCAACAGCAUCAACAACAACAACAUUCUUUGGCCUCAUUGGGCUCCUCUCCACUAGUUGGUUUUGGAGCUUCUCUUAUGGGUACCCCUCAACGUUCCAUGCAUACUUAUGCACCAACUGCAAGUUAUGCAACUCCACAGCAAAUGAUGCAGCCUCAGACACCGCAAAAUAUGAUGUCUCCCAUGAUUUCUGGCCAACAAAUGCUUAAUCAGACUUGCCCUUCUCCAAUGACUCCUAUGACUCCACAUUCAGCAGAUCCAGGCAUACUACCACAACUUCAAAAUAUUGUAUCUACUGUCAACUUAUUUUGUAAAUUAGAUUUAAAGAAAAUAGCAUUGCACGCUAGAAAUGCUGAAUAUAAUCCUAAACGAUUUGCUGCUGUUAUAAUGAGGAUAAGAGAACCAAGGACAACUGCAUUAAUAUUCUCAUCUGGCAAGAUGGUGUGUACAGGAGCAAAAAGUGAAGAGGACUCAAGACUUGCUGCUAGAAAAUAUGCUAGGAUUAUACAGAAACUAGGGUUUUCCGCAAAAUUUUUAGAUUUCAAAAUUCAAAAUAUGGUGGGAAGCUGUGAUGUCAAGUUUCCUAUUCGUCUAGAAGGCUUAGUGCUUACCCAUGGUCAGUUCAGUUCUUAUGAACCAGAAUUAUUUCCAGGACUUAUAUAUAGAAUGGUUAAACCAAGGAUUGUUCUUCUCAUUUUUGUGUCUGGCAAAGUUGUAUUAACAGGAGCAAAAGUAAGACAAGAAAUUUACGAGGCAUUUGAUAACAUCUAUCCCAUACUGAAAAGUUUCAAAAAACAGUAG